AGUGUGGUUAUCACACUUGCUUAUGGGAUAAUCUGGUUGCGUUGUGGCUCCUCCGUCCAUGUGACUCCCUUCAUCUUAUCCUCUUAGAGAUUCACUUUGGGUCCUUUUGCAAAGCUGCUUUGGUGCUGCCGGCCUCUCAGGGUGCAGUCAGAGCGUGGAGCCAGAGCCAUGGUGAGUCCUGGACAGAAAGUGGUGCUCAUCACCGGCUGCUCCUCCGGGAUCGGCCUGAGGAUAGCUGUGAUGCUGGCCAAGGAUGAGAAGAAGCGCUAUCACGUCAUAGCCACCAUGCGGGAUCUAAAGCGUAAAGACAAGCUGGUGGAAGCUGCCGGAGACACUUACGGGAAAACCCUUUCCCUAGCUGUCCUGGACGUCUGCAGCGAUGAGUCGGUCAAACAAUGCAUCAACGGCAUCGAAAACAGACAUGUGGAUAUCCUCAUCAAUAAUGCAGGCAUAGGUCUGGUGGGUCCACUGGAGAGCAUCUCCAUCGAGGAGAUGAAGAAAGUCUUUGAGACUAACUUCUUCGGGGUCGUUCGCAUGAUCAAGGAGGUGAUGCCUGAUAUGAAGAAGAGGAAAGAUGGACGCAUCAUUGUGGUCAGCAGUGUGAUGGGACUGCAAGGGGUGGUGUUCAACGAUGUUUACUCAGCGUCCAAGUUUGCCAUGGAGGGCUUCUGCGAGAGCUUGGCCGUGCAGCUUUUAAAGUUCAACGUCAUAGUAUCAAUGAUUGAGCCGGGCCCCGUACACACAGAGUUUGAGGUAAAGAUGAUCCAGGAAGUAAAACAGAGAGAUUUUCCUGGAGCUGAUGCUGAGACGGUGCGUCUCUUCAAGGAGGUUUACCUCCCCUCUUCCGUGGACAUCUUUGAGGCGCUGGGUCAAACCCCUGAUGACAUUGCCAGAUGCACAAAGAAAGUGAUUGAAGCCAGUAGCCCACGUUUUCGGAAUCUAACCAAUGCACUGUACACACCCAUUGUUGCUAUGAAGUAUGCAGAUGAAACUGGAACCAUGUCAGUUCACGCCUUCUACCACUUGCUCUUUAACUUGGGUCCUCUGAUGCAUGUCAGUGUUAUGGCCAUGAAGUACCUCACCUGUGGAUGUCUGCGGAGAAGAACCAUUUCACCAAACUAAAAACCGAAAGGUUUUGCAGAGACAUGUUUGUCAUAAGAUAACUUUGAUUUUGAAGAUGUUCCAUGAAAGGGUCAAAUUUGCAUUAAAAUUUGACCAUAAAAGAAUUAACAAAAUGGUAUAAAGUUUAGAACAUUUAGGACUUUAUCAAUUGCAAUGAAAGUGCACAUUUCCUGGUUUAAAUGUAUCUAUUUUUAAUAGUUUAUAAAGAAUAAUAAUGCAGAGUACUUACUUUCAAAGCUGUAGAAUGUAAGUUCAGUUCAGUGCUGAGCAUAUAAUGAGAGAAAACAAGAGACUUUAAAUGUAUUUCUAUCUUUUUUACUAAAGAACCAAAAAAGCUGACAUAAAAACUGGUUGCAUGACUUUGUCUGUAUUGUUACAAUAAAUCAGAGAACAAGUACAAAUGAAAAGAAGAAAGUUUAAUAAAAUAAAAGGAAAUCAAAUACAGCACAAUCUGUCCAAAUGUCACUGUAACUGUCAAAGUGUGGACCUGACAAACAGUCUAUUCUCUUGUUUUCCAGGCCUGUUUAUGAUUUUUGUGUAUGUUUUUUAAACGGUUCUAUUAAAUGAAAAUUCUAAAGAAC